AUGAUACGUCGGGCAUUUUUGUGGGUGUGCCUGCUCGCCGUUUCUUACGGUCAGAGGGCUGAGCAUCUUCUAGCGCAGAACCCCUGCUCGAGUAAAACGACGUGUAGCGACUGCGCACGAACAGCGACUUGCGCCUGGUGCUUCGCCCCCGAAUUCAAUGGCCCCCGGUGCUUCAAUCCCGCUAUGGAGGGCGGCACCGCUGGUUGCGAUGAGGCGUACAUUUUCAACCCCGAUAAUCAGCAGUCUAUUGAUCCUAUGUACAACAGGGAAUUAACUAGAGCUAAAGGCCGAAUGGGGAUAGGUAUGGAAUCGACGUACUACGAAGAGUCUAUGAGCAGUAGCAGCAGCAGCAGUGUAAAAGGCGGUGGAUAUAUGGCUGCCGGAGCUGGAGAGAACCUUGUACAAAUCAAGCCGCAAAGAGUGAAAUUACAGUUGAGAAUGAAUCAAAUGCAAAAGAUGACUUUCUCAUACGCACAAGCCCAAGACUACCCCGUAGAUCUGUAUUACCUCAUGGACUUGAGUAGAUCUAUGAAGAACGACAAGGAGAAACUCAGUACAUUGGGCAGUUUGCUGUCCAGUACUAUGAGAAAUAUUACUUCUAAUUUUAGAAUUGGUUUCGGAUCGUUCGUCGACAAACUUGUUAUGCCCUAUGUGUCUACUGUGCCUAAGAAUUUAAUCUCUCCGUGCGACGGUUGCGCCGCCCCGUACGGUUACAAAAAUCAAAUGUCACUCAGCAAUGAUACGGACUUUUUUGACAAAGCUGUAGCCCGAGCUGAUGUAUCAGGAAACCUGGACGCGCCCGAAGGUGGUUUCGAUGCGAUCAUGCAAGCCGUGGUCUGUAAGCAAGAGAUUGGUUGGCGUGAACACGCCAGGAAGCUGCUCGUCUUCUCGACUGAUGCUGGCUUCCACUACGCGGGUGACGGAAAGCUUGGCGGUAUCGUUCAACCGAAUGACGGGGAGUGCCACAUGCAGGAUAAUUCAUACACGCACUCCACUCUUCAGGAUUACCCGAGCAUUUCGCAAAUCAACCUUAAGGUGAAAGAGCACGCCAUCAACGUAAUAUUCGCAGUGACCGCAGAACAGAUCAGCGUGUACGAGCAACUCAGCAAACAUAUCGAAGGUUCAAGCAGCGGAAUACUCAGCGAUGAUUCGGAUAACGUCGUCGACUUGGUCCGAGAACAGUACAAUAAAAUAACAUCGACUGUCGAAAUGAAGGAUACGUCCAGUGAUGCUGUACAAAUUUUGUACUACUCGUCAUGCCUUGGGGGCAAAGAUAACCUGGUUCAAACUAAUAAGUGCGAUGGACUCAAGGUCGGUGAUGUUGUGGAAUUCUCAGCGGAGAUAACACUUAAGGAAUGCCCCAAAGACCCAAGCAAAUGGAGGCAAACAUUCACUAUAUAUCCAGUGGGUGUUUCAGAGAGUCUUACUGUUGAGUUGGAAAUGCUGUGUGAUUGCCCCUGCGAACAUCCAGGACACCAUGCGUACAAUGACAGUCCGCUAGUGUGCAGCGGCCAAGGCAUUUCGGCGUGCGGCGUAUGCGUGUGCCACCCGGGUCGUUUCGGAAAGAGCUGCGAGUGUUCAGCGCACAGCGGCGUCUCGUUGGAACAAGAGCGCGGCUGCCGUCCCACCAACGCCACCUCGGGGCCAUUGUGUUCAAACCGGGGCACUUGCAUCUGUGGUGUGUGCGAGUGUAACAAAAUGGACGAUCCUCUAAAGGUGAUAUCCGGUCCGUUCUGCGAAUGCGACAACUUCACCUGCGACAUGAACCACGGCGAGAUAUGUUCGGGCCCCUCUCACGGCGAGUGCGUCUGCGGGAAGUGUAACUGCCGACCAGAAUACACCGGCCCAGCCUGCCAGUGCUUGAAGGAUCAGAGCGCUUGUAUAUCACCUGAAAAUGGCAAAAUCUGCAGCGGCAACGGUAAAUGCGUCUGCGGACAGUGCGUGUGCAACGUGGAUGACGACCGGCACUAUACUGGGAAAUUCUGCGACAAUUGUCCCACAUGUCCUGGAAGAUGUGAGGAUUUCAAACACUGCGUGCUCUGUGAAGUGCACAAACGUGGUCCUCUAUACAAUCCGGAUCAGCCCGGCAGGGAUUGUGGCGACUGUGCCCUCUAUCCAGAAGUGGUCGAAGGCAAGAUAGAAGCCAACGAGACAUUGAACGAGCAUUUAUGCAGUUUUUACGACGACGAAGAUUGUCUGUAUGUUUACGUCUACUCAUACAACGACACGAGGACCGUGCACAUCAGGGCGCAGAAGGAACACGAGUGUCCGCGAAAAGUGUUUAUAUUAGGCAUCGUCCUCGGUGUGAUAGCAGCUAUAGUAUUAGUCGGUUUGGCACUCUUGAUGCUGUGGAAGAUGGUCACCACCAUACACGACCGACGCGAGUUUGCUCGCUUCGAGAAGGAACGCAUGAUGGCUAAAUGGGAUACUGGAGAAAAUCCAAUUUACAAGCAAGCGACGUCAACCUUCAAGAAUCCCACGUACGCGGGAAACGAGGAAUUCGUAGUGGAGGCGGGCAGCGGGCGCGGUAGUGCCGCCUCGGGACUCCGUCGCGCUGCACGCCCUGACCGACCGCCCGCCCAACAGGCCGCCCUGCGAUCUUUCCAACACAUGGCAUACGACCUGCGUCGUCUCUGA